UUCAAAAAAAAAAAGAAAGAAUCUGAGGACCUAUUUGUAAACCCUAAGGACCUAAUCGUGAAUAUGAUAAAAACGAGGACUAAACUGUAAAAUGCACCAAAUGACAAAUUCCACCGCUUAAGCCUCUCUGCCUUCGUUGUUAAGGAAGCAGAGGAGGCAGCUCGUGGGUGACCAGGGAAAGAAAAGAAGAAAAAGAAGAAGAAGAAGAAGAAGGAGAAGAGAAAGAAAAUUUGGGGCUUUUAGGGUUUUUGCUUUAAUCUUGUUACCUCGGGUCAAAAUUUGCAAAAGGCAACAAGGAUGACGAGAUCAUCUGGUUCUCCUGUUGCAUCUACUACUGAUCAAUUGAGUGGUAUUAUGCGGACUUUGGAGACUAUGGCACAAGUGAUGCAACAACAACAACAACCUGUCCAACAAGGAAGUAAUGAUGGAAUAGAGACAUCAAACCGGACGGGGUUGGGAAUUGGACAGUUUAAGAAGCUUAGUCCUCCCAGUUUCAGUGGUGAGUCUGAUCCAAUGGUGGCGGAACGAUGGAUGAUGCAGAUAGAGAAAAUAUUUGAUGCCCUAAGUUACUCUGAUGAACGAAAGGUUUUUCUUGCCACCUUUAUGCUGGAAGGAGAAGCUGAACACUGGUGGAGAAUGAUUAAGAGGAUGUCUGAAAUCAAACAUGAGCAAAUGACAUGGAAGUUAUUCCAAGAAAAGUUUUACGACAAAUAUUUUCCCGAUUGUAUGAGAGAGCAAAAAGAAUUGGAGUUUUUGAACCUUAUCCAGGGAAGUAUGACGGUUACAAAGUAUGAGUCUAGAUUUACUGAGCUCUCCAGGUUUGCCACACAUAUGACUGAUGAUGAAUCUAGAAAGGCAAGAAGGUUUGAAAGGGGAUUACGGCCAGCAAUAAGAAGCCGAAUGUCAGCUUUAAAAUUACAAACAUAUGCUGAUACGGUAGAAAGAGCUUUGAAAAUUGAAAGAGACAUGGAGGAAAUUCAAGAAAUCAUUGGCAAGAGCCAAAGGGACAAAUUUACUAGCAAAAGCAGGAGAGAAAAUAAAUAUGAAGAUAGUAACAAGAGGUUUAAGACAUCUGGAUUUGAGAAAAGGAAACCAUGGGGGAGGACUCAGUUAUGUGAAAAAUGUGGAUCAAAUCAUGAAACGAGUCGGUGUUUUCGGGUGACUGGAGCAUGUUUUAGUUGUGGAAAGCUAGGUCAUCAAAUAAAAGAUUGCCCACUGAACAGGAAAAGAGAGCCACUGUCUCCUAGACCCUCAGCCCAUGCUAGAGUGUACGCUAUCACGGAACAAGAUUCUAAAGCUUCUAAAUCUGUGGUGGAAGGAUAGCGUAUCGCUUGCUUAAAUGUUAAGAAUGGGCUGAGGCAGUGGAAAGUUUAGAAGACGUUGGGCAGAACUUUUGUUAGCAUAUAUGUAGUUGUGUAUAAGCUACCUUGCAUCUAAUGAAAUGUGACUAUGAAUCUAAACCUGUGGAUUUUGUGUAAGUUAAAGGAUCCCUCAUGUAUAGGGUUUUGGAAUGUUAAAUUAAAUUUGUGUAAUGAUAUGAACUUAUGGUAAAUCGAUGAUUGUGGUGACUGCAUAGAUUUCCCCACUUGUGGACUUA